CUAUAACUAUAUAUAAAUGUGCUAUGGUAUGCCAUCAUUGAAAAGUCUAUUAUGGGCUUGCAGUCUCCAGAUUUAAACCUGAGAGCCUUAAACCACAUGCAUUUUCUGACUCAAUUCAACUACACUAAGUAGCCAGUAAGGUGUGCAGUUGCACUUUUGUAAGGAGGGACUGAUACUUAUUUGUUAUCUAAAGAUAAAUAUUGGUAACAUAACCUAGGGAAACAGUCUUAAGCCUUCAAGUGUAAGAAUAGAGGAGGAAGCAAGUGUUGAAGGUAUAAAGUUGCACCUUUUUGAAACUUUUUGAUUGUGAAGUAUUCUAAAUAUUUGUAUGGCUUUGUCUUUAUAGACUGAAAUCGCCAAGAGAUUGAAUACGAUUUGUGCACAAGUCAUCCCAUUUCUGUCUCAGGAACAUCAACAACAGGUGGCCCAGGCUGUCGAACGUGCCAAACAGGUGACCAUGGCAGAGUUGAAUGCCAUCAUCGGGGUACGUGGCCUACCAGGUCUACCUCCUACACAGCAGCAGUUGCAAGCUCAGCAUCUUUCUCAUGGCCAUGGACCCCCGGUACCCCUAACGCCUCACCCUUCAGGACUGCAGCCUCCUGGCAUCCCGCCCCUCGGGGGCAGUGCCAGCCUUCUCGCGCUGUCUAGUGCUCUGAGUGGGCAGUCUCACUUGGCAAUAAAAGAUGACAAGAAGCACCAUGAUGCAGAGCACCACAGAGACAGAGAGCCGGGCACAAGUAAUUCCCUUUUGGUCCCAGACAGUCUAAGAGGUACAGAUAAACGCAGAAAUGGGCCUGAAUUUUCCAACGACAUCAAAAAACGGAAGGUGGAUGAUAAGGAUUCUAGCCACUAUGACAGCGAUGGUGACAAAAGCGAUGACAACUUAGUUGUGGAUGUGUCCAAUGAGGACCCUUCUACUCCACGAGCAAGUCCUGCCCAUUCACCUCGGGAAAAUGGAAUCGACAAAAAUCGCCUGCUGAAGAAAGAUGCUUCUAGUAGCCCAGCUUCCACUGCCUCCUCGGGAAGUUCUGCUUCUUUGAAAUCCAAAGAAAUGAGCUUGCAUGAAAAAGCCAGCACGCCCGUUCUGAAAUCCAGCACGCCGACUCCUCGGAGCGACAUGCCAACGCCGGGCACCAGCGCCACUCCAGGACUCCGUCCAGGCCUGGGCAAGCCUCCAGCCAUGGAGCCCCUCGUCAACCAAGCGGGAUUUGGUUUUCAUUUGGAAUUGGUACCAGGGAAUGGAAAAUUCGGACUGAAGGAGAAAUCUUGGAUUUUAUCAAGAAAAUCUUCUUUUGAGAUUAAGUCAGCCGCCGGUUUGAGGACGCCCCUGGCAGUGCCUGGCCCGUACCCUGCUCCCUUUGGGAUGGUCCCCCACGCCGGCAUGAACGGCGAGCUGACCAGCCCCAGCGCCGCUUACGCCAGUUUACACAGCAUGUCACCCCAGAUGAGCGCUGCCGCUGCGGCCGCCGUGGUGGCCUACGGGCGCUCCCCAAUGGUUGGUUUUGAUCCUCCUCCCCACAUGAGAGUACCUACCAUCCCUCCGAACCUGGCGGGAAUCCCUGGGGGAAAACCUGCCUACUCCUUCCACGUCACUGCAGAUGGUCAGAUGCAGCCUGUGCCCUUUCCCCCCGAUGCCCUCAUUGGACCCGGAAUCCCCCGACAUGCUCGCCAGAUCAACACCCUCAACCAUGGGGAGGUGGUGUGUGCAGUGACCAUCAGCAACCCCACGAGGCACGUGUACACAGGAGGCAAGGGCUGUGUCAAGGUCUGGGACAUCAGCCACCCUGGCAACAAGAGCCCUGUCUCUCAGCUUGACUGUCUGAAUAGAGAUAAUUAUAUCCGUUCGUGUAAAUUGCUCCCUGAUGGCUGCACUCUCAUUGUGGGAGGGGAAGCCAGCACUCUUUCCAUUUGGGACCUGGCUGCUCCAACCCCUCGCAUCAAGGCAGAGUUGACAUCCUCGGCCCCUGCCUGCUAUGCCCUGGCCAUCAGCCCUGACUCCAAGGUCUGCUUCUCAUGCUGCAGUGAUGGCAACAUCGCCGUGUGGGACCUACACAACCAGACACUUGUGAGGCAAUUUCAGGGCCACACAGACGGAGCCAGCUGUAUUGAUAUAUCUAAUGAUGGCACCAAGCUCUGGACGGGCGGUUUGGACAACACAGUCAGGUCCUGGGACCUGCGCGAGGGGCGGCAGCUGCAGCAGCAUGACUUCACCUCACAGAUCUUCUCCCUGGGAUACUGCCCAACUGGGGAGUGGCUAGCUGUGGGCAUGGAGAGCAGCAACGUGGAAGUGCUGCAUGUGAACAAGCCUGACAAGUACCAGCUGCAUCUCCACGAGAGCUGUGUGCUGUCCCUCAAAUUUGCUUAUUGUGGUAAGUGGUUUGUGAGUACUGGAAAAGAUAACCUCCUCAAUGCUUGGCGAACCCCGUAUGGAGCCAGUAUAUUCCAGUCCAAAGAGUCCUCGUCAGUGCUCAGCUGUGACAUCUCUGUGGAUGAUAAAUACAUAGUCACUGGCUCAGGGGAUAAGAAGGCCACAGUCUAUGAAGUCAUCUACUGAAAACAUGGAAUUUAACGUUUAUAGUUGAAUUGGGCCAAAAUGUUUUGAAUUUGUAGAAAUAGAAAAGUUGUAACUUUAAAAGAAAACACACACACACACACAGACCUGUUUCCAAACCUUGACACAAAACUACUUUGAGUCUACAAAGAGGAGGCAACGACUCCGUCAACAGAAGGUCGCCUACCUAGACCAAAUGGAGCACCGCGACCACCUGGACAGAGGAGCCAAGGGGCGUAGGACUGAGGAACGGAAUCUGCCAACCUGAGCUGCAGCCGGUUCUCGUCUCGCUGGAGGAUCUGUCGCCCACACCUGGCCUGAGUGAGAUUUCCUUCCUGUCCUUGCACUUCACCUUGCGUUCCGUCCUUUGUAGAGCAGUGGUGUCUCCAAUGAACUUGUUUCCUGGUUUUGCAUCUUGUGAAAUGUUUUUUUUGUAUUUUUGUUGAAGGUUAAACAUUUGUAUAAAUUGUAAAUAUAUUUGGUUUAAUACAGUAAAGCCUUUAGUACCAAUAA